CGUCCCACCAAAAUCAGCACAGCCGAGAUUAAAGGACUCUUCAUAGAUAGUAGUAUAUAUAUAUCGCUACAUUUUGUUGAAAAGCUAAUAAAUACCUUAAACCAUGAAAACCUUAUCACAUCCUCUUUGCAUCCUCUUGGCCACCGUUCUCAUCCACCUCCGCCUUGUCCCCACCUCCGCCCUCCUUGACCCUACUACGGUUUCAUCUGUCGCCAUCGUCCUUGAUGAUGUCGCCGAUCCUCCUCUAAAUUCUGGAGGAUUCAAUGACAGUGACUAUAUCCGCUCGAGUUGUAAGACCACCUUGUAUCCUGAUACCUGCUACCAUUCACUUAAUCACUAUGCCACAGCCGUACAACAAGACCCUGGUCGCCUAGCUCGUGUCGCCGUUGGAGUAAGCCUAGCCAAAGCCAAGCGCAUGUCUGUUUUCCUUUCCAACCUAUCCCGCCAAGCUGACUAUGGAGGGCAGCCACGAGCUGUGGCUGCCCUCCACGAUUGCUUCUCCGUUCUCGGAGACGCUGUCGACCAAAUACGUGAUUCGCUGAGUCAGAUGCGUAAGCUCGGGGGCUCGGUUGAGUCGUUGAGGUUUCAGAUGAGUAACGUCCAGACAUGGAUGAGUGCAGCGUUGACCAAUGAGGACACUUGCACUGAUGGAUUUGAGGAUGUAAGUGAUGAUGAGCCUUUGAGAUCGGACGUUUGUGAUCGUGCAGGGAAGGUCAAGGAGGUCACUAGCAACGCGUUGGCUUUGGUAAACAGUUUUGCCAAUAACAUAUGAAUGAGCGCUUCAUUGUUGACAUAAAAGUGGGACUCCGAUCAACCAAGUUUAGACUGAACACAUUAGUUGUUGACAAGUUUAGGCUUAAAAGUGUGACUCCUAUCAAACAAAGUUAAGAUAACUUUGUGGAUUAAAGUUAAAAGUGGUCAAGAAUUUGAGUGAAGUACUUUUCCUCAUAAUUAAGCCCGUUGCUUUUACAGAGGAGAGACGAGUAUUGAUGAUCUUCAGGUAGAAUAUAGGGUGCAAUUUUGGCUAAAGAUUGAACUUAAAACACACAAAAGAAAGAUAGGAGAAGAGAAAAAAUAAUAUUAAUCUGAUUUUCAUAGUCCUUUUUUUGCACAUAUGUCUUCUGUUCAGUGUGGUGAAGAUGUGGGGGUGGGGGGCUGUGGUGUAAUUCAUUAUAUCGGCCACGCAUGAGGAUGAGUUACAAAAUCUUCUUGUUACGUUGUUAGAGUAUGCACACCCUACGAGAAUUAAUUUUAUGUCAACAUCCUCUAACUUCACUA